ACACUCGUAAUCUGUGUAUGGUUGGUUACGGACGUGCCUGAAUCAUUACAAUUUUUACGCGCGUGUAAAAGGAUUCUAAAGUACGUAGUGUAUAAAAUACGUAGUCUUAUUAAAAAUAAGAUUCAUUGAUAAACAAAGAUGACCUCCAAGGAGGCAGCCCUAGAGAAAUGUGAUGGCGCGAACGGGACAAGCAUUGGCGGGAGUAGUGUCAAAUUAAAGCGGGAACUGGGGCUAUUUUCCGCCGUAAACUUGAUACUCGGUGUAAUGAUUGGCUCGGGAAUUUUUGUAUCUCCGUCUUCUGCUUUAGAACAUUCCGGUUCUGUGGGUUUAUGUUUGAUAAUUUGGACGUUGUCGGGAAUAAUAUCCUUAUUAGGAGCAUUAUCAUUCGCUGAACUAGGAACGGUACUUGGUAAAUCGGGAGCAGAAUAUUCAUAUUUUCAAGAAGCAUUUGGCAACAUCCACAAAUACUGGGGACCACUGCCCUCGUUUAUAUGUGCUUGGAUCUAUGUAGUCAUUUUAAGGCCUGCUGAAGUAGCAAUUAUUGUGAUGACGUUUGCAGAAUAUGCUAUACAACCAUUUACACUCGAUUUAGAAUCAAAUUACAAAGACACCGCCAUUAAAUUAGCAUCGCUUGCUGCACUGUUUGUAAUGACAUACAUUAAUAUAACAAGUGUGAAGUUAUUCGUCAAAGUGCAGAACAUCUUCGGCAUAUGCAAAGUAUUUGCAUGUCUCAUAGUCAUUGGUGGAGGAAUAUAUGAAAUUGCUAAAGGCAACACAUACAACCUAAGCAAAGGCUUCGAGGGUAGCACUACCAGUCCGGGCGGGAUCGCGCUCGCUCUGUACUCAGGCCUGUGGGCGUAUGACGGCUGGAACAGUGUCACAGUUGUUACGGAAGAAAUAAUCAACCCUGGCGUCAACGUCCCACUAAGUAUCUCCAUAGCGGUGCCUCUGAUAACCGGGUUGUAUGUGUUCAUGAACGUUGCGUACAUGACGGUACUGAGCUAUGCAGAGAUGACGUCAGUGCCGGCUGUGGCAGUCGCGUUUGGCGCGCGUGUGCUCGGCCCCGCCGCCUUUCUUAUACCCCUCGGUGUUGCCAUCGCGACCUUUGGCUGCGCUAUGAGCGUGCAGUUUGGUGUUACCAGGGUGUGCUACACGGCGGCGCGCGGCGGACACAUGUUGGAAGUUUUCUCUUACGUCAACUUGAAGCGCCUCACGCCCGCGCCCGCUGUAGCCUUACAGGCAUUACUAACAUCAGUGUUCAUCUUAGUGGGCAACAUUCGUACACUGAUUGAGUUUGCGAGUUGGUUCCUCUGGUUCUUCUACGGUCUUGCGAUGGUCGCAUUACUGGUACUAAGAAGGACACAAGCUGAUAAACCACGCCCAUACAAAGUUCCAACUCUAGUCCCGUGUUUUGUUCUUAUCGUCGCCAUAUUUCUUUCAAUUUUGCCCAUAGUACACGAUCCGUCUGUUAAAUAUUUAAUGGCGAUUGGAUUUAUCGUGUUGGGUGUUGGCGUAUACACUGUCUUUGUGUAUUAUAAGAAAACGCCUACUGCUUUUCUUAGAAAGUUCACAUUCCUCACUCAAGUCCUGUUCGAGAGUGUGCCGCCUAACGACCAUCAAGACUGAUUUCUUUAGAAUCUUUUUUAUUCAUCAUACAUAUGAACAUAAAAACGUAUCCACACUUGUAAAUAUAGGUUU